AUGUUGGAGAGACGCCAGAUCAAUUUCUUCCGGGGCUCACCAGCCCUAAACCUCGUUCCAACCGAAUUACUCAAACAGGCGGCCUCCACUGCGUUGUCCGAUCCAGCCAUCUCAGGCCCAGGAUGCGACUACGGCCCUGACGAGGGCUAUUUGCCGCUUAGGGAAAACGUCGCCAAGUGGCUCACGAGGAUAUAUCGACUGCCGCAGUCAAUCAAGACCGAGCGGAUCUGCAUCACUGGCGGGGCGAGUCAAAACCUAGCCUGUUUGUUGCAGGUGUUUACCGACCCGGUGCAAACCAGAGCCAUAUGGCUGCCCCAACCGACUUAUCACCUGGUAUUUCAGGUCUUUGAAGAUGCUGGAUUCCAUGGCCUGCUGAAAGCCAUCCCGGAAGAUGCUGAAGGAAUGGAUGCCAGGGCGCUUAAUCUGGCAAUAUCGCGGAUGGAGUCGGAUCCGGCGACCUUGGACAGAUUGUGUGAAACGCCAAUAAAACCACCAUUGCCGUAUCGGAAGAUUUACAAGCACGUCGUCUACUGCGUACCGACAUUCGCUAAUCCCACAGGCGUCACAAUGCCGGUUUCCCGAAGAGAAGAGCUUGUGCGAGUAGCGCGCAAACACGACGCGCUGAUCGUUAGCGACGAUGUCUAUGACUUUCUGCAUAUAUCGGGUGCAACAGCGUCGACGGGAGCGGUCCCUCCGCCGCGGAUUGUUGAUAUCGACAGAACGUUCGAUGGCGGGCUACAGGAUCGAUUCGGAAAUGCUCUGAGCAACGGGUCGUUCAGUAAGCUUGUUGGACCCGGGUGUCGUGUUGGGUGGGCCGAUGGGCCAGGUCCUCUGAUGUAUGGACUCUCUCAAUGUGGCUCGAAUAUCUCCGGCGGUGCACCAUCCCAAUUAAUGUCAACGUUCAUCAACCAGAUUGUCCAAGACGGGUCAUUGACAACUCAUAUCGACAAAGCUCUGAUUCCGGCCUGUACGCGACGGUUCGACGCUAUCGUGUCAGCUAUCAAACACCAUCUCGUACCACUUGGUGUGUCUUUCCAACCAGAUGGAGAGAGUAUGCCUCCCGGCGGAUACUUUGUUUGGCUUACCCUUCCUGAGCCGCUGAGUAGCUCCGAAGUCUGCGAGCAGGCAAAAAGAGUAAAUCUCAUUCUAGGAAAUGGAACAGUUUUUGCUGUGCCAGGGAACGACAUACCAGACAUUCUUCGUCGGCAGUUGAGGCUUUGUUAUAUGUGGGUGGAUGAAGGGGAUAUUGUGGACGGAAUCGUUCGGCUGGCGGAAGUUAUCCAGAGUGUUUUGAGGGGUUGA